UAAGCCACGGCUUAAAAUAUUAAAUAAAUAUUAUGUAUUAAUAUUUUUAAUAUUUUAAACUGAUUAAGCGUAUCAAACAUUACUUAUCUAUGGUAUCAAUGUUCAAAGUUUUAUAUAUUUUAUAAUAAGUAAUAACUUAAUACUUUACUUACUAAUACUCUAAUGAUUCAACUUUAGAUUUUACACGACACAGAGAAUUGUGACUUGUGAACAUGCCUAUGUAGUCAUCGAUUUCACUAUUUGGUCAACCAUUGUGACUUUAAUUUAAAUACUCUAUGUAAUACGCAUUAUGUUAUCAUGAUUCCUAUCUCUGAAGUAAAACAAUAAUAAUAAUGUAUUCAUAAUAAUAUGUUUCAUUCAAAUUAAUGGAUACACCAAUACAAGAGGUGUAAGCAAUUUCUUUAAAAAUAUUCUAAUUUGCUCUUGGAGCAUUUAAAUUCUCUGCAGUGGCUAUUUUAACGGACAGUCAAGUACGGGUUAAGCUGUUUUUAUAUCUGUGGAUCAUAUUUUAUUCUGCGAUGGAGCUAGCUGCAAUUAUGAAGGAUAAAUUGAAUGCUGGUGACAAUGUUGUGGCGCUUCACGAAGGUGUAUUGUUGCAAGGGUGGUCACCUAAGGCUCACCGAUUAUUAGCCUUGGUUGAGCGUAAUUCAUCAUUUGGUUUAUUUGUAUUUACAACAUCUCGAAAUCCACCACAAGCCUUUACAGACCUCACAAUCAACUUUGUUGUGCCCAUUGAUAAUGAUUUCAAAUGUGAUAUAGAUUCAUUGUCAGCAGAAUCAAACUCUGAUAUUUAUAUUAACUUAUCAGCACGAAAUUUUAAAUUAUUUAUGGGAAUGGAUUCUGGUCAAGAAACUAAUCAUUUUUUUAAUGAAUUAUCUAGAUCGAUGGACCUUUAUUUAAAAAAUCAUCAGAAAUUGGAUUUUCAAUGGUUGAAAAAGUAUAACACAAAUGAUCUUGACUUGGAAUUAGGUUUGAUGAUGAAUAUCAAUGGUGAUAAUACAACUAAUAGUAUAAUAACAGCUAAUAUGGCUGUAUCUGAAAAUGAUAUGUCAUUCCCUACUGGAACACAUACACUUAGUUCUCGAGAAAGUGUUAUACAGCGUCAAAUGAUUUUGAGUGAAGAACAAUAUACUAAUGCACAAAAUUUCAGUAUUUAUGUUGGUACUUGGAAUGUCAAUGGCCAACCAACCUUGUCUUCACUAAAUGAUUGGCUAAUUUGUGAUUCCGAACCCCCUGACAUUUAUGCUAUUGGAUUUCAAGAACUUGAUCUUAGUAAAGAAGCAUUUCUUUUUAAUGAUUCUCCGCGAGAAGAAGAAUGGUUACAAGCUGUAACAAAAAGUCUUAAUUCCAAAGGAAAUUAUAGAAAAGUAUCAUUAGUUCGAUUGGUGGGAAUGAUGCUUAUAGUGUUUGUUAAAAAUAAACAUAUGGAUCAUGUGAAAAAUGUUGCUACUGACACUGUUGGUACUGGAAUCAUGGGAAAAUUGGGAAAUAAAGGUGGAGUUGCCGUUCGCAUGGAUUUCCAUAACACAUCUUUAUGCUUUGUUAAUACACAUUUAGCAGCCCAUGUUGAAGAAUAUGAAAGACGUAAUCAAGAUUAUCAAAAUAUAUGUUCAAGAAUGGUAUUUUCAAAUUUUACACCUCCAAAAACUGUAAAGGAUCAUAAUCAAGUAUAUUGGUUUGGUGACCUCAAUUAUAGGAUAACUGAAAUGGAUGCAAUAUCUGUAAAAGAUUUGGUACACAAAAAUAAUUUUAAAGUUGUAUUGGAAGCAGAUCAAUUAAAGCAACAACAUAGGGCUGGAAAUGUUUUUAAAGGUUAUAAGGAAGGUUCAAUUAAUUUCCUUCCUACCUAUAAAUAUGAUCCGGGUACCAAUGACUGGGAUAGCAGUGAGAAGAAUCGUGCUCCUGCAUGGUGUGACCGAAUAUUGUGGCGAGGUAAUUCAAUUAAACAACUUGCAUACAGAAGUCAUCCUAAUUUCUUGAUCAGUGAUCAUAAACCAGUCAGCGCAUUAUUUGAAUCUGAAGUAAAAGUUGUUGAUUUAACCAAGUACAGAAAAAUUCAUGAACAUAUAAUGAAAAAAUUAGACAAAGCAGAAAAUGAAUACUUACCUCAAGUUAUGGUUGAUAACACUGAAAUUAUUUUCCACAAUGUAAAGUUUAUGGAACCUCAAUUAAAAGAACUCACAGUUGCUAAUACUGGUCAAGUUCCUGUACAAUUUGAAUUUAUUAAAAAAUUAGAUGAUUCUACAUAUUGUAAAGAAUGGUUGCGAAUUGAGCCUUUCAUGAGUUUUAUUGAUCCUGGUGAAAAAUGUGAUAUUACUUUAGAAGUUAUGAUAGAUAAAAAAUCAGCAUACAAAAUGAUUAGUGGCCAAGACAAAUUGUAUGAUAUUUUAGUAUUACAUUUAGAUGGCGGAAAAGAUAUCUUUAUUACUGUUACAGGUAACUAUGAACGAAGUUGUUUUGGUUGUUCAUUAGAAACACUUUGUUAUUUGAAGGUUCCUAUUAAAAAUAUACCAUUUGGAAAACUUAUGGAACUUGAAAACAAUAAAAGCAACUUAACUUCAGAUCCUUACCCAGUACCUAAAGAAGUAUGGUAUCUUGUGGAUCAUUUAUACAGACAUGGUCUUAAACAAGAACAUUUAUUUGAACAAUCUGGUCUCAGAUCUGAAUUUGUUCAGAUACGAAAUUGGUUAGAUAAUGGAACACCGGAUGCUUUACCGGGUAGUGUACAUUCUGUAGCUGAAGCUCUAUUAAUACUAUUAGACAGUACAUCAGAGCCCAUAAUACCAUACAAUUUGCAUGCAACUUGUUUAUCUGCAGUGUCUUAUUACAGUCAAUGUAAACAAAUUAUUUCUCAAUUACCAGAGCGAAGUAAAAAUGUAUUUUUAUACCUUUGUGCAUUUCUUCAAGAACUAUUGAAUCAUGUCAAUGAUAACAAAUUAGACGUUAAAACUAUUGCUUCUGUUUUUGGUGAAAUAUUUAUUCGAGAUCCUCCCAGAUCUCGUUUAGAUAAAUCUAGCCAUACUAGAACUUCUAUGUCAAGGAAGAAGACCAAUUUUGUAUACCAUUUUCUAGUCAACGAUCAAAGUGAUUUAAUAAUCGGUACAUCUUUUUAGAUGUUCAAUAAUAUGAUUAUGUCCUGGUGUUUUUAAUGGAGCAUUUUAAUUUUACAUUUUUAUCAUCACAAAUUGCUUUUAAUUUAAAUAAUUUUGUAAUUUAUUGACAUUUUAAAAUUAAAUUAAGCUUAAAAUUAUUAUGAUCUUAAAAACAAAUACUCGAUAUAGAAGUAUGUAUAGUAUAAACUAUAAAUUAUUUACUAAACAAAAUAACUAAUAUUUUAAUGACUUUUAAAAAGUUAAAAUGUAUUUUUAUUAUUGUCAUCCAUAUAUUACGAAUGUUGGUUUAUUUAUUUAGGUAAAAUCAAACUCUUCAACUCACUUAAACCUUAUCAUUAUUAUUUAUUUUUUAACCAAUUAAUGUUUCCAAAUAGUGAAAAUUAUAAAUUAAUUUUAAUCAUCGUCUUAAAUAAUAUAAUUUUAACAAUAAAACAUGUCUAACAUUCAGGGCCAGCAUAAGUUAGGGUGAUCUAGGUGAAUUAUAGGGAGGGGAUAUUAUUUAAAGAAUGAUAUUAAUUUAAUUUAUCAUUAAUCUAUCAUAUUAUGUUGUCUAUUGAAGAUUAUUUAGUCCAUAUGGCCACAUAAUCGAUUAUUAAUAAGCCAUCAAACAAUUUUUUCAGCUAGAAAAGUUAGGUUUUAAUAUAUUUUAUAUUAAUUAUAAAUAGAAUAAGGAGCAAAAUAUCUUAUAAUAUUAUAUAAAUAAUGCAAAUUUGUACAAGACACUUAUUCUUAUGUAUUCAAUUAAAAUUUAGAUUUCAGUAAUUAAUUACUUCCAUGAUCUUGGAAUAAAGUUAUAUUAUAAAGUCCUUAUGCUUUUAAAUACUUUAUUUCUAUUAAUUUUACAAAAGAACCUGUAAACUGAAAAAACUGAUUUUCACAUUAACUUGUUGGUGGUGUCAGUGAGGGGUAGCAAGACAUGGUUUUGUUAAGGGUGCCAAUAUUUGUAACACUAGCCCUGAUAACAUUCCCAUUUUAAAAUAUUUUUACAUUAUCACUUAUUACGUGCAAUAUUAAACAGGUUUAUAUUUACUAUAUAUUAAUGGAUAUAUUUAAAUGUGUUCUCAUUAUAUUUAUUUAUUUAUUCAUAUUAUUUAUUAUUAUAUGUAUAAAGUAGCAGGGUUUUUCACACAUUUGUGGUACAAUCUACUCCACUUUAAAUGCUUGUAAAUUAAAAAUAAAUAUUCAUUUAAUAUUUAUAAAUCAAAAUUUUUUUUAAAAUAUAGGUUAUUACUAAAAAAAAACAAGUAAAAAUUUAAAAAAAAAUCAGUUAAUAAGACUAUACUAAUACAUAUAAAUUCUUCAAAUAAUAUAAAAUCAUUUUAUUUUUAACUCACUUAAAUUGACUGACAAAAUGUAUGUGGCUAAACAGACUACUAUAAUAUGUGCUUUUGAUGCAAUAUUUUAAUAAAAAAAAAAGACUAUAAACUUGUUUGACAUUGCUUUUAUAUGUACAUUGUAUACCAAAAAACCAAUUAUGCCGUUUUUAACCAUUUUAAAUUAGGUAUUGUUUUUUUUUGCUUACCUAUAUUAUUUAUGUACUUAAUGUAAAAAUUUAUUUUUUUUUAGUUUUUAGUUUUUCUCUGUGAUAAUUAUAUGUCGUACCUAUCUGUUUAAUUUAUUUUAGAUGAUUUUUGUUUAUAAAUAAAAAUAUAUCUAUUUAUUUAUUAAAUAUAAUCACGUUUAUUUCA